GAUCUGGUGACCGGAAAUGACUGUUCAGCAGGAACAUGGCGGAGGAGCAACAGCAGGAUAUUUCUCAAAAAGAUGCUGAUGGGCUGAAUUGUCUUGCAUAUGAUGAGGCCAUUAUUGCACAACAAGAUAAGAUUCAGCAAGAGAUAGCUACUAAUAUUCCUCUGGUGUCAGAAAGAAAGGACCUAGCUGUCCUUAAGAAAGAGUAUGCUGAAGAUGAUGCCAUUUACCAGCAGAAGAUAAGAGAUUUACAAAAGAAGUACUUGUCUAUACGCAAAACACGGCCAGAUGGAAACUGUUUCUACAGAGCCUUUGGUUUCUCACAUCUGGAGUCUUUACUUGAUGACAGCAAAGAAUUACAUAGGUUCAAGGCAAUUGCUGCCAAGAGUAAACUGGAUUUAGUGAGCCAAGGUUUCACAGAAUUCACCAUUGAAGAUUUUCACAACACGUUCAUGGACCUGAUUGAGGCAUGUGAUAAGCAGCCGUCUGUCGAGGAGCUGCUCAGCUCCAUCAAUGAGCAGAGUGUGUCCGAUUAUCUGGUUGUGUAUUUGCGGCUGGUAACCUCGGGCUACCUGCAGCGAGAGAAAGACUUCUUCCAGCACUUCAUAGAGGGCGGCCGCACUGUUCGAGAGUUUUGCCAGCAGGAGGUGGAGCCUAUGUCCAAAGAGAGUGACCAUAUUCACAUCAUAGCUCUGGCUCAGGCCUUAAACGUGUGCAUCCAGGUGGAGUACAUGGACAGAGGAGAGGGAGGAACGGUCAAUCACCACAUCUUUCCUGAAAAUGGAGAGCCCAAGAUUUUCCUCCUCUACCGACCUGGCCACUAUGACAUCCUCUACAAAUAGCAGCUGUGCACUGAUUUGCUGCUAAAGGCUCAUCUGUUUCAGUGCUGUGAGUUUGACUCAACUUGUGAAAUGUGAAUCCGAAAGCCCAGCACUGAACAUUGCAAUUUCCUCUCAAAACCCCAAAGACUCGGAUGCAGAGUUUUGAAGGUUCUGUGAUACCAGGCACUGGACAUUGUACAGUCUUCUUUGUAUAACCUGCAUUUUUCUUUUUCUUUUCCCCCACCCAUAACAAAGUUAUUUCAUUUACUUUUUUCUUGUAGUUGAAAACUGCCUGUCAUUAAUAAUAGGAGUGGAAUUGCUUUAUUCUGUUUGACUGUAUUUUAC